GAACGCAGCGCAGCGGCUCCAGAACAGACACGCGUACGGGCAUCUUCUCUCCGUCCAGGGAAGCGCAGCGCUCGCCACGUUUUCCUGAGCUCCUCCUGCGGUUUCCUCGGACACAUCAGUUGAAGGUUUCAGUCGGAUAAUCCUGGUUAGUUUUACCCACACAAAGCAGUCAGAGGCAUGAUGAUGUUGUUGAGUGGGUUCUGUAGCAGUUCGAGAGCCGUUUUCACCGCGACCCAGCCACCAGAAGUAGAAGCGGGUAACGCAAGCAUGGUGCAGGUGAGGAGGAUUUGCUGCAUUGGGGCGGGGUAUGUGGGUGGACCAACCUGCAGCGUCAUUGCCCAGAUGUGCCCAGAGGUAACGGUCACAGUUGUGGAUGUGAAUGAGGAGCGAAUACGAGCCUGGAAUUCGGAAAACCUCCCCAUCUUUGAGCCUGGGCUCCAGGAAGUGGUGGAGUCAUGUCGUGGAGUUAACCUUUUCUUCUCCACGGACAUAGACAGUGCAAUCCAGGAGGCAGACCUGGUAUUCAUAUCGGUGAACACCCCUACCAAGACCUUCGGCAUCGGAAAGGGAAGGGCAGCAGACUUGAAAUACAUUGAGGCAUGUGCACGCCGCAUUGCUGAUGUCUCCAAUGGUUGUAAAAUUGUGGUGGAGAAGAGCACGGUGCCCGUAAGGGCCGCCGAGAGCAUUCGCCGCAUCUUCAAUGCCAACACAAAGAGCACCUUGAGCUUUCAGGUUCUCUCUAACCCAGAGUUCUUGGCAGAAGGAACAGCCAUCUCAGACCUUAAAAACCCAGACCGGGUGCUUAUUGGAGGGGAUGAAACUCCUGAAGGCCAACGAGCCAUUGAGGCUUUGCGUAGCAUCUAUGAGCACUGGGUCCCCAAGGAAAAGAUCAUCACCACCAACACUUGGUCCUCUGAGCUGUCCAAGCUGGCAGCAAAUGCCUUCCUGGCCCAAAGGAUCAGUAGCAUAAACUCCAUCAGUGCCCUGUGCGAGGUUACGGGGGCAGACGUUGAGGAAGUGGCACAUGCCAUUGGCACAGACCAGAGGAUUGGAAGCUGCUUCCUGAAAGCCAGUGUGGGGUUUGGUGGCAGCUGUUUUCAGAAAGAUGUUCUUAACCUGGUGUACCUGUGCGAGGCUCUGAACCUACCUGAGGUGGCCAGAUAUUGGCAACAGGUUAUCGAAAUCAAUGACUACCAACGACAGCGCUUCUCCUCAAGAAUAAUCGGGUGUCUCUUCAACACAGUAACAGACAAGAAGAUAGCACUGCUGGGCUUUGCCUUCAAGAAGAACACCGGUGACACCAGGGAGUCGUCCAGCAUCUAUAUCAGUCGGUACCUGAUGGAUGAAGGUGCCCGGCUGCACAUCUAUGACCCAAAAGUAAAGAAGGAGCAGAUCAUUCAAGAUCUUUCACAGUCCACGGUAUCUGACAGAGACAAUGCCCACAGAGUGUCACAGCUGGUCACCAUUGCCACAGACCCAUAUGCUGCCUGUGAAAAUGCCCAUGCCAUUGUGAUCUGUACAGAGUGGGACAUGUUCAAGGAGCUGGACUAUGAGCGAAUCUACAAGGCCAUGCUGAAACCAGCCUUCAUCUUCGAUGGCCGAAGGAUCCUUGACAGCCUUCAUGACCAGCUCCAACAUCUUGGCUUCCAGGUGGAGACCAUUGGCAAGAGGGUAAGCCAGAGGAUUCCCUUCACUGCAAGUAAUGAUGUCUCAAAAUCAGACCAACAGCCCCCUCCCAAGAAAAUCAAAUUAUGAGCUGUUUCCAGGUGAUCUCUUCAAGCAAAGGAAUUGUUGUCCGCUGGGAAAAAAUAUGGUGUCGCUUUCCAGGAGGUUCAUUAUUAGCUUUUGUCAUAGCAUCAUAAUUUAUUUUAUUUUUUUUGUACACCCAGGUCUUUGUUUUCCCAAAGAUGCCCAUUCAUCAGAGUUUCAUAAAUAGCUUAACCUCUUCACUUUUUUUAAGGACCAGUUUUUAAACACCAAAAGUUUUAAUGCAUACUUUUUUUUUUU